GCUGCCAUGGCAACGGCCGAGGCGGAAGUGCCGCUCUCUCUUCCGGUCACGUGAGGUGCUCCCGGCGGCCCUCGCGGCGCGGGCCCGAGCGCUGCCCUUGGUGCCGCCAUGGCCGCCCGCCUGCUGCCCGUGCUCAAGUUUGUCAUCAAAGGGAGCCUGGCCGGAGCUGCCGUGUACGUGGCCUACGAUCAGGGGUUGCUGGGCAGCGGUGCAGAAGGUGCUGAAGCCCUAAGAAAAGCUCAGGCGGCGCUGCCUCCAGCUGUCAAGGAGUGGACAAGUUACGUGGGCUGGGAGCUCCCGCCCACUCCAAGCCUGGACUUUUCCCCAUCCGAUUCCUGGAAUAAAGGAGUGCACACGGUCAUGUCUGCCUUGUCUGUGGCUCCCAGCAGGGCCUGCGAGUACACGGCGGAGGGCUGGAAGUACGUGAAGGAGCUCAUCAAGUGAGCACGUCCUCUGGGUGCAGCUCUGCUCUUCUCUCCGUCCUGUGCUGUCUGGGGAUGGCGCGCAGUCCGUCCUCCCAGAGGGCAGCUCAGCCGCGCAAGGGCUACAAUAAAGGACUUUGGAAGCUCCCGUUUUA